AUGUGUGAAUUAAGCAAUGACGACUUGCUGUUCAUGCUUGAUGAGAGGAUCAUAGAUCAAGAAGAAUUAUUCAUUUUAUGGUCAUCUUUUAAUUGCCGAUCUCCCCAGCUUGCUCCUGAUGGUCCUAGGUUAAAUUUUGAUGCACUAACAGAUGAACAAAGUUUUUCGAUGUUCAGGUUUGGCAAAGAUGAUGUAUUGCGUUUACGGACUACUUUGGGUAUUCCAGAGAAAAUAAUUUGCAAAAACAAAUCGGUUUCCAGUAGCCUGGAAGCACUUUGUAUACUUUUGCGCAGACUAGCGUACCCUAACAGAUUGGCUGAUCUUGUUCCCAUAUUUGGAAGAAGUGAGCCCGAGAUGAGCUUGAUCUUUAAUUCCACAUUGGAUUUCAUUUACAAGGUGCAUGGAGAUAAACUGACGUCUCUAAACCAAAGAUGGAUACAAAGAGAUUUGCAGACUUUGAUGAAUUCAGUAGAUAGGCUUUGUCCUCUACAAAAUUGUUGGGGAUUUAUUGAUGGGACACUACGUCCAGUAUCACGACCAUCUCAGUAUCAAGAAACUAUUUACUCAGGGCACAAGCGGAUACAUGGGUUGAAAUUUCAAUCGGUAAUGGCACCAAAUGGUCUGAUUGCCAAUUUGUCAGGACCAUACGAAGGAAAACGCCAUGAUGCAGGAAUUUUUAGAGAAAGCAACCUUGCAAAUGAUCUCUUACGUAACAUGAAUUCCCCGAAUGGCGAACCUUUUUGCCUAUAUGGCGAUGCAGCAUACCCCAUCAACCAACAUCUUCUCGGGCCCUUCAAAGGAAUCAACCUUACAGUCACCUGA